AUGGUACUUGCACGAGCCCUCACCUUCUGCGUACGACUACUAUCCACUAGUAAACACCAUCCGACUUGGGAAGUUGUAGAUAGCAAGUCCGUCGAUCCUGUGCACGCUUGGGACUGCGACGACAUGGACGACAGCGACGCAGAGAUCCUCGCUGUGCAUGGGGAAGACAUCGUCCGGUCAUACAUCUUCGAGGUGCGCUCGCCUGGCGAUGUGAGCAAGGCUGUGAGCGCGGCGCAACACCGAUUACUGCAAGAAGCGCGGACCAUGGGAUACAAUGCCUUAUGGCGGGAAGGAUGGCAGAUGACAUUGUUCCGUCAAGGCUCGAGGCUACGCAUCGAAGUUCGAUAUACGGCGAUGCCUGCUUCGCUCUCAGCGGCACCGCUCAAGACACCACGACCGCCAUUCAUCGGUGUCUUGAACCAGCGUAUGCUGACCCACUGA